AUGGGGUGUGCCACGAUCAACGCUUAUAAGCCGUACCAAAGCCACCAACCAAGGCAAGAAGCAUUUCAAGACCUCCAGAGGCUCUCUGCUGGCCAGGAGGCCAGCCUGGCCACUUGGGUGACUGCCCAGGCAGACCUUGGGCUGCCACCAACCCAUCAACAACUGAAGGACUUCGCCCAUCGCAUCCUCCAAGCUAUGGGGGACACCCAACCUCUUGGCAAGAGGUGGGUAGAUGGCUUUAUAAGAAGAAACCCAUCUAUCAAGGGACUGGUUCAAAUAUCUCGCCAUACCUCACAUCCAGGCCAUCAAACCAGCCAACAGAUAUAA